AACUGUCUUGCUCAGUGUGACCAACAAAUCCAAAGGCAAACUUCUAUCUCCACUCACACACUCAUAAAAAAUGCCUGCAGACUACAAUGGACGCUGGGAGAUGGUGAAAAAUGAAAACUUUGAGGAAGUGAUGAAGGCCCUCGACAUUGACUUUGCCACUAGAAAGAUAGCGACGCACCUGCAUCAGACAAAGGUGAUUGUCCAGAAUGGAGAUAAGUUCGAAACGAAGACCCUGAGCACCUUCAGGAACUACGAGGUCAACUUCACCGUGGGGGAGGAGUUUGAGGAGCACACGAAGGGCCUGGACAACCGAAAGGUCAAGACGCUGGUCACCUGGGACGGGGACAAGCUGCUGUGCGUCCAGAAAGGGGAGAAAGAAAACCGCGGCUGGACGCACUGGAUCGAGGGAGACCUGCUGUACCUGGAAAUCAGGGUCAUGGAUAAAGUCUGCCUCCAAGUAUUUAAGAAGGCCCAGUAACAUUUUACCUGCACUGAAGUGUCAGCUGUUGCAUGUUGCUGUCUAUUUAUACUAUAAUUGUGAAUAAUGCAGCUGUUAAGACUUGUAAUAAAUUCAUUUAAUACAACUGUG